AUGAAGGAAUCAGUCCAAGAGAUCAUUCAGCAACUGGUCCACAGCGUGGACUUCCAGUCCUCCAAGUUUCAAUUGGCCAUCAUGUGCACGAUGUUCAAUCCCAUCUUCUGGAAUAUCGUGGCCAGGAUCGAGUACCACACGCACUCACUCACCAAGAUGUGCGGAGGAGCCAAAAAGGGCUGCUACGUGUUGGCAGCMACCAUUUUCUCGCUAGGGAUCAUCAGAGACAUGGUCUACGAGUCUGCAUUGCGCGAACAAUCCACAUGCUCUUUGAUCGUGGGCGAAAACUGGAAGAAGCUGGGCAUGGCCUUUUUUGGUGCAGGCCAGGUGCUUGUGUUGAGCUCCAUGUACAAACUGGGUAUCACCGGUACGUACUUGGGUGACUACUUCGGAAUCCUCAUGGACGACAGGGUCACUGGGUUCCCCUUCAACGUGUCCAACAACCCCAUGUACCAGGGCUCCACCCUGUCCUUCUUGGGUAUGGCCCUCUACAAGGGAAAGCCUGCCGGGUUGGUCGUAUCCGCCGUGGUCUACUUCAUGUACAAGAUUGCUCUUCGUUGGGAAGAGCCAUUCACCGCCAUGAUCUACGCCAACCGUGAGAAGGCCAAAAAGAACAUGUGA